AUGGGGGACGAUGAAACUGUACACAUAACAACUUUGGUGGGGGAUGAUGAUAGAGAUUUGGAUGUGAUUACUCGAAGUGUAAAGGUAGCGGUAGGUGAUAUGAAAGGUAAUGAUGAAGCACAAGCUCAAGAAGAAGACAAAUGUAUUGAGGAAGAAGAGAUACAUAUCCAACAAAGCUAUGCCAAAGAGUUACACAAAGAUGCAGGAAAAAGCACCUCAACCUCAAAGUUGGUGCAACCUCUCCCCAAAAUAACUCCUCCAUUUCCCCAACGUCUCAAGAAGAAAAAUGAGGAUGAGAAGUUCAAGAAGUUCUUAUCGGUGUUCAAGACAUUAUCAAUUAAUCUCCCACUAGUGGAAACAUUGUUGGAGAUGUCGGGCUAUGCCAAGUUUAUGAAGGAGUUAGUCACAAAGAAAAGAAGCUUGGACUUCAAAACAAUCGAAGUCUCUCAUAGUUGUAGUGCAAUUAUGACUAAUGAGAUCAUUAAAAAGAAAGAAGAUCCCGGGGCCUUCACCAUUCCUUGCACUAUCGGUAUGCUCCAAUUUUCCAAGACCCUAUGUGAUUUGGGAGCAAGCAUAAACCUAAUGCCAUACGCCAUCUAUAAACAACUUGGGUUGGAUGAAUCUAAAUCCACAAAAAUGAGGCUUCUUAUGGCAGACCGAUCAAUCAAACACCCCAUGGGGAUACUCUAUGAUAUCUUGGUAAAGGUUGACCAAUUCAUCUUUCCGGUUGAUUUUUUCAUCCUUGAUUGUGAGACUGAUGCUUACAUUUUCAUUAUUUUGGAAAGACCAUUCUUAGCAACCGGAAGAGCGUUGGUGGAUGUAGAAAGUGGAGAAUUGAUGUUCCGAAUGAACGAAGAUGAAGUUACUUUUAAUGUGUGUAAGUAA